UGUCGCACGGCGCCGCGGCGAUAGCCGAAUUUUAUUUUUAAAAUCAUUCGUUGUCUAUUAAUAAACCCUACUCAUUAGUUUUAGAACAUCAUUUGGAUACAUCUGAGGCGUCUGAGGCGCUUAAAGACGCAGUGUUUAUACCGUAAACCGCGUAUCAAAUGCGUCACAAAAACAAGAUGUUCCGUACCAAAAUAAAGUAUUUUCUCAUAAAAUAGUGAUUAAAACUCAGGGUUCUUCCUAGAUUUUAGUGUUUGAAUAUAUUACGUGUCGUGUGUGUUAUCACCAAAUCACAGCGGAGUCGAAUUUCGAUGUGCGGACAGUUCUAUUGAUAAGAUUAUCAAGUAGUGUUUUCGUGCUGAUUAUGAGUUCGGAAAGUGUUAAACUGGUUACAAAAGAGUGAUAAUAGAGUCGAAUAAGUUGUGUUGACUGAUUGGUUAGAUGGUUAUUGUGGUGGUGUGGUGUGAAGUUGUGUGUCAAUAGUUCAAAAUGCCUGGGAAAAUAAAGGUGAAAGUGUUGGCGGGGAGGAAUCUCCCUGUGAUGGACCGCGCUGGGGACACCACGGAUGCCUUCGUGGAGAUCAAGUUCGGAGGCGUCACGCACAAGACCGACGUGUGCAGGAAGUCUCUGAACCCACAGUGGAAUAGCACAGAGUGGUACAGAUUUGAGGUAGACGAAUCAGAGCUGCAGGAUGAGCCUCUACAGCUCAGGCUCAUGGACCACGACACCUACUCGGCCAACGAUGCUAUUGGCAAAGUCGUCAUCAGUCUUGCACCACUGCUGGCCAGGGAAGCCAACAACGCGAAGGCCGCUGCUCCUCAUGGUGGCGCGGUGAUGUCAGGCUGGAUACCGGUGUUCGACACGAUGCACGGCAUCCGAGGCGAACUGAACGUCAUCGUGAAGGUCGAACUGUUCUCCGACUUCAACAAGUACAAGACUUCCAGUUGUGGAGUCCAGUUCUUUCACUGCCCUAUGAUCCCGCCCGGCUACAGGGCAACUUCCAUCCACGGCUUCGUCGAGGAGUUGGUGGUGAACGAUGACCCAGAGUACCAGUGGAUCGACAAGAUACGCACGCCGCGGGCGUCCAACGAGGCUAGGCAGGUCGCGUUUAUUAAGCUCAGCAACCAGGUGCAACGCCUAGUGGGCUUGAAGGCAGCCGAGCUGGGCGCGAAUGCUGUGGUGGGCUACCAACAAGACUUCGACUUGGAGGGCGAGGCAGGAGUCGUGGCCAGAGCCAUUGGAACCGCAGUCAGUAUCACGCCAGUCCCGAGCGCGAGCCAGGCAACGAGUGGGCCUCCUUGCACACAGCAACAGCUAAGAAAGUGUUUGGACAUUUUGGCGACCAACGACGAAAGUAUCACAGACCUCAAUCAGUACUAUCAAAGUCACCAAGAUGAAUUGCAGAAGCUACUCACUAUACUGAACCCUAAAGGAUCCUCCCUUCUAGAUGAAACGGACAACGUAGAAGAUGACGAUAAAAGCAUCCUCACGAGGCAAUCCAGCAUCAAAAGCUAUGCUGGCUCCGUCUCCAUAUAUCAAGACGAUUACGUAUCCCAAAAAAGUCUAAUGCACAUCGCAGAAGAUCAAUCCGAAUUAAAUAGACUACUGAAUCGCGUCGAAGAUGACUCAGACUCGCCAGGACCGCUGAAGAAAAUAAAAAAGUUCAAAACCAGCUUCUUCCUCAAAAGACUCAAUAGCAUGCGCUCAUCGAGAAAAUCAGAAAAACAAGAUGACGCGAUUUCAAUAAAGUCAAACUCGUCUGAUACGUCUCGUAUAUCCCUAGUUGAUAUAAAGAAUGAAAUAAAAAAGUUCAAAAGAAUCAAAAAGCCCAAGUUUCGAAAGACUUUUGCUAAUCCUGAAGAUCAAGGCGUAGGAAUGGCAUCGAUUCUCGCCAGAUCAGUCAUGCACGCACACACAAGCCUUGCAUGCAUUGCUGAAACUCAAGAUUCUGAACAUUCACCAAACUCGACUUUACGCCGAACUAGUGAAUCAGAACCAACUAUUAACGUCGAUGAAGUAAAACCCAAAGUUAUUGUAGCAACAUCUUCAGAUGCAAGUGUAGAUGAAACAUGUUCUAAGGAUGUCCCAGAAAUUCAUUUUUCUUCUCUAAAAAAUAUAAGUUCCGAAGAAAUUGUUAUACCGGAGCGUCACAGAAAACUGUCAGAGUCUUGUCCCAACACUCCAGUGGCUGGCAGAAGUGACAAUCUUCUGAAACUCCCUGGUGAAGCGGGUUAUUUUGGCUCGGUAUCUUCUGCCCUAUCUGGCGAUAGUUCAGAAAUAUACACCAGCUCUGACGAAGACUACGAAAGCUCUGAUCAGAGAACUGAUACAGAGAAAUCAUUUGAAACGACGAGUUCUGUGGUUCGCUACGUGAUGAAUCAUAUAGUCGACCCAACGCUCGUUGCUCACGUGGAUAAAAAAUUGAGCGUCCUCGAAGUAUCAAGCGUCGAUAAUUUGAAUAAACAAAUUGAACAGACUGAUCUUAAAGAAGUUACUGAAGUUACGCCACCGCCACCGCCAACUAUAAAUGUACCAGCUAAAGAAGUUGACAUUGACAAUAAUAAGAAUGAGAAAAUAGAAGAAGGCAUUAGCAAACACCAGGCGUAUGCAUCCACGUCCAGUGAAACGGAUCACAGCACGUUUGUAGUCCCAAAAUCAAAUAACCACCAGUUUAAGUUCCACAACCCCUUUGCACACCAUAAAAAGUCCAACAGUAUUAGCGCACCAUGUUCGCCGGUAGAAAACAAAAGCUUUGUAUAUCGCUCCUCCAAGCGCAUCAAACGACAGCUUUCGAAGCUCUCCAAAAACAGCAUGAUAAAAAGCCUUUCGCAUUACUCCUUAAUCCCUAAGAAAAAAGUUGAAACCAAAACCCCUAUGAGCCAGCCUGGGUCGUCUUCUGACGUUACUUCUAAAGCUCCCAGUGAGACCGUUUUAGGCUCUCCCUUUCUUUCAUACGCAGAUUUGCUUAGCUUAGACAAGGAGUAUACAGAAAAGAAUAAAUUGCACAAAAGCAAUGAUGAAUUCGAACGCGCUAAAGUUUCAAUGUACAUAGGCUCAGAGCCUGUAUCGAGAGCGUCAUUAAGUGGUACAUUAUUCCCGGAGCAUGCUAGGGACUCAUCCCUCUCAAGGCGUCAUAGUGAAUUCUUGCACAGGAAAGACAAAUCUGCUAUCAAACCCACUGGUCUAGUUCACACUGCAAUGGAAACCAUACUCAUUGAUAAAGUGCAAUCAUUGCUUCUACCGACGUCUCCUGAACCCUCUGAUGUUAACAGGCAAUUCUUUGAUGACGUCAAUGAAAAGUUGGAGAAAGUCGAAGAAGCAAGAAAUAGUACUACAGAAACAACGGGAUUGGUCCAUACUGCUAUGGAAACUAUACUAAUGGAUAAAGUCAAGUCCUUGCUGACGCCUACUACACCCGAGUGUAGUCCAACCAAUAAAAACUUUGAUGAUGCCAUUAAGAGAAGCCACAUUUUGAACACCCCAGAUGAAUCGAGUAAUGAUGAUCAAAAAUCAUACACUAGUGAGACGACAUCUCACAAGGAAAAGAAGAAAGAGAAAGAAUCUUCUGGUUUAGUGCAUACUGCAAUGGAAACUAUCCUGAUGGAUAAAGUUCAGUCGUUAUUUACUUCUCCAAUACCUUUUAAUGCUCCUGCAGAACAUUCAACUGAGAGUAAAGAUAAAAGAUACGAACCAGAAAAAGCUAAAAAAGAGCCUGAAUCUGGUGGUCUCAUAAACACUGCUGUCAAAACUAUACUUAUGGAGAAAGUGCAAUCAUUGAUAGACCCCACGGUUGUAGACAUUGACAGUUCUAAACUAGCAGUAUUAGAGGACGCCCCUAAACCUGAAUCCACUAGCUUAACUUCUUCAGCUAUGGAAUCAAUCCUUGUAGAUAAAGUCCAGUCCAUGUUUCACCCUUCGAAAAAAGAUGAUCAUGAUCGUAAGUCGGACCAUCCAACAGGCUUAAUCCAUACUGCAAUGGAGACAAUGCUCAUCGACAAAGUUCAGUCGCUUCUUCCUGAUACUGAAGCCACAGAUGAUAAUGCUAAGCCAAAGCUAGAAUCAUCAGGUUCCAAGGACAAACGUUUAGUCAGGCAAGACAGCGUUGAUUCAGAUGCCGAGUCGUUCAAAAUGUCCAACGAAGACCCCAAACGAAAACAGCCGGUCCUUCAACACUUCCAUCCUAUACUUAGCGGUGCACCAUUAGAGACCAUACCGUCACUGCCUGAGAGUUUCGACCGUACCGAGAGCUUAGACGUAGACGGCGUAGAGAGAGAUAAGUGUGACACUAACAGCGCUAGUGUGUGUGGUAACUCGCAUGCAGCGUGCGGUGUCGGCAGGUGCGAGCGAGAGCGGGAUAGGAGCGAGCGAGACAAGGGAUCGCCGCGUCACGCGCGCCACGAGUCGUACGGCGGCCGUGAGCCGGCGCCGCCCACUCACACGCAAAACGCGUCGCUGAAUUCGUCGUCGACGCCGCUCGGGAUACAUCGGAGGUCGUCGGAUUCUGAUCUCAGUGUUACGCCAAAAGGAAGCUCUCUAAACACGUCGGCGGUGAACACGGGUAGCGGCGGUGGCGCCAUCUUGCGGCCGUCCAUGAACAGCAACAAUCUGGAGAUGCUUGAAUACCCCUUCCUCACCAUGAGCGAGUACCCGCCUGGAUUUAUAGUUCACAUCGGUGGCACGGUAUGCGCCCGCUCCGUCAAACUUGUGGACGGCGGCGGGGAGAGCGCGGCCCGAGCGGCGUGGUGGGCCGAACUACGCACUGAGUUGCGAGCGCACGCCCGAGCGCUACGCUGCAACGCAGUCAUCGCCUACGCCGACACCGCCGCCAUCUGUGAAGACGUGUGCGUGCUAUCAGCAUCGGGCACGGCAGCUGUGAUUAAUCUUGAUUGCGACAUGAACGCAGAGUUGGACGCUGCUAUGUCAGUGGCCAACGGUACAUCCAAAGCAACAAUAGAAGAAGUAGAGAGCGAGUGCUCCGCAGCGCACGUGCCCUACUCGCCGGGCGCCGGGCCCUACCGCGCGGAGUUAUCCACAUGCGGCGGCUGCAGACGAGCGCGAGUGCCCGCGGUGCUGCUAGCGACUUGCUCUAAACCCAGCAGACUUGCCUCCUACUCUAAAGCGGUUACUUUGACUGCCGUCGCCGCGCGCACGCGCCGCGCGCCGCCGGCCGGCGAGCCGGGCGCAAGAGACAUAUCUGACCAGCUGCCGUUCUUGGAGUACGAGCUGCAUAAGCUGCUGCUGGCUAAGCUGAGGAUGCAGGGUGCGAACGCGCUAUUCAACCUCCAAACACAGAUCGCGAUCGGCGAGCGCUGCGUCAUGGCUCUCGCUAGUGGCACCGCCGUCCGACUUACGGCGCUGCCGCCACCAGCGCCGCCUAGGAUCAAGUUCGACACGCCCGUGGAACUAGUCGACGGCAGUGGCGAGAGCCCACGUCGAGCGCUACGCUGCAACGCCGUCAUCGCCUACGCCGACACCGCCGCCAUCUGUUCGACACGCCACGUGGAACUAGUCGACGGCAGCGGCGAGAGCCCACGUCGAGCGCUACGCUGCAACGCCGUCAUCGACUACGCCGACACCGCCGCCAUCUGGUCAGUGUCUGUAGUAACUGGUCAGUAUUUGUAG